AUGGAGAAGGGAUACAGCACGGUCACCUUCGACGGGACGCCCAGCUACGGUCACACGCCCUCGCACCACGCUGCGCAGUUCCCCAACCACUCCUUCAAGCACGAGGACCCCAUGGGCCAGCAGGGCUCGCUGGGUGAGCAGCAGUACUCAGUGCCGCCCCCCGUCUACGGCUGCCAUACCCCCACCGACAGCUGCACAGGCAGCCAGGCCCUGCUGCUGAGGACGCCCUACAGCAGUGACAAUUUAUACCAAAUGACCUCCCAACUCGAAUGCAUGACCUGGAAUCAGAUGAACUUAGGAGCCACAUUAAAGGGAGUUGCUGCUGGGAGCUCCAGCUCAGUGAAAUGGACAGAAGGGCAGAGCAACCACGGCACAGGGUACGAGAGCGAUAACCACACCACCCCCAUCCUGUGUGGUGCCCAGUACAGGAUACACACCCAUGGCGUCUUCAGGGGCAUUCAGGACGUGCGGCGUGUGCCGGGAGUAGCACCGACUCUUGUUCGGUCCGCGUCUGAGACCAGUGAGAAACGCCCCUUCAUGUGUGCUUACCCGGGCUGCAAUAAGAGAUAUUUUAAGCUGUCUCACUUACAGAUGCACAGCCGGAAGCACACUGGUGAGAAACCGUACCAGUGUGACUUCAAGGACUGUGAGCGAAGGUUUUCUCGUUCAGACCAGCUCAAAAGGCACCAAAGGAGACACACAGGUGUGAAACCAUUCCAGUGUAAAACUUGUCAGCGAAAGUUCUCCCGGUCCGACCACCUGAAGACCCACACCAGGACUCAUACAGGUGAAAAGCCCUUCAGCUGUCGGUGGCCCAGUUGUCAGAAAAAGUUUGCCCGGUCAGACGAAUUGGUCCGCCACCACAACAUGCACCAGAGGAACAUGAGCAAGCUCCAGCUGGCGCUUUGAGGGUCCACACCACGCGCCGUUCCGGGUCUCAGGCAGGACAGUGCGUGAACUGCGUUCAAAGCUGCCUCUAAAAUUCCUCCUCACUCGCCUCUCUAAGAAGGAAACGGCGGUUGAUCUUCAUCCAGCUUCCGAGACAAGACGCCUGUACUACGGGAUGCUACCAGGUUUGCCCAGAAGCGUUGGUCUCUGCGUAGCCAACUUUUAGUUGACUCAUAGGGCCCUGGAGAAGUGGCUCUCAGUGUCCAGUUAGUUACAAGCCCAUCCCCAUUUGGUCUGGCUUUUCCACUGUGAGCAGAGCCACUGUUGGUAAUGGUCCCCCCGCCCCUUCUCCCUUUAUGCUCAUUUUCACGAGGGAUGGAGUCCUUGUACCAUUUUCCAUCAUAGAAUAUUUAUAGGCCAGGGCAUGUGGCUGUGUCUGCUAAUGUAAACUUUGUCAUGGUUUCCAUUUACUAACAGCAGCAGCAAGAAAUAAAUCAGAGAGCACGGCACUGGGGGUGAGUCCUGUCCGACAUUCCGGAGGUUAGGCAGGCUGCUAACCUGGAAGGCAGGAUGUAGCGCCACCAGGCAACUUUUAAAACUCAGGCGUUGCAAGCAGCUGAAAAAAGAAUCAGAACUAACCAGUACCUCUGCAGAGAUAUCUAAAAGAAUCGCAUCAUUCAGUUAAUUCCGUGUUAACAUUAGCACAGUGCUCUUCAGAAACCACGCUUGAGGAUCUGAGGUUUUGUUUUUGUGUUUCUUUUUGACUUUUUUGAGUUGUAAUCAUAUGCAUCUUCAGAGAUGUACACAUCUCCUCACACAAAGGAAGUGGAAUUCAUUUCUGUCAUUUGGGGUGUCCUUAGGGUGUACAGACCACGCUGGUUAUGUGGCUUCAAGCUGUAAAAAUUAAAGUAACUCUAGAGGAAAAUAAGGGCUGGUCCACGAUCUCCACUGAUAAGACUGUUCUUAAGUAAAGUAACUUUGGGUCUACACGUACAUGUGAAAAAAAAAUGAGACAUUCGUGUGAGGAAAUCCAUUGUUUAAAGGUGGUUGGGUGUUAUGUGUGUGUAUUGUUUUUGUCUUUUUAAGGGAGGGAGUUUAUUAUUUACUGUGGCUUGAAAUCAUUGUGUGAAUAUAUAUAUCUGAUGAUGAUUUGCUCUUUGACAACUAAAGUUAGGAAAUGUAUAAAUGUUAGAUGCAUCACUGUCUUGGUGUUGAUCUUCCAACAUGUUGAUGA